UAGGCAUUUGUGGGAUGAAUGGAAUAGGAAAGACGGCUCUUGCUAGAGUUGUUUAUGAGAUGAUCUUUCGCAAUUUUGAUGCUUGCUGUUUCCUUUCAAAUGUGAGUGAGGUUUCUACAAGACACCAUGGUCUGUCCCAUCUUCAAGAAAAACUUAUUCGUCAUACUCUGGAGCUGGACGAUCUGAAGAUAAGGAGUGAUCAAGAGGGAACCAUCUUACUACUCACUAGGUUAAGAGGUCUUAAGAUUCUCUUAGUUCUUGAUGAUGUUGAUCAUUUCCAACAACUGGAGAAAUUGGCUGGAAAAGCUGACUGGUUUGGAGUUGGGAGUAGAAUUAUUAUAACAACCAGAGACGCACAUAUCCUUAAAAGGUAUAGACUUGGAAAGGAUGAAAUUUACAAGGCUGAACUAUUAAAUGAUGACGAGGCUAGUCAACUUUUUUGCAGAAAGGCUUUCAAAUGUGAUUAUCCAGAGGAAGUUUACGAGGGCCUGACUUCUAGAGUACUAGAAUACGCUAAAGGCCUCCCAUUCGCUAUUGAAUCAUUGGCUUCCUCCUUGCUUAAACAAAAUGUCUCUGAAUGGAGUGGUGUCUUGACCAAACUGCAAAAAAUUCCAGACCAUUGGACAAUGAAGGUUCUUAGAAAAAGUUUCGAUGGACUGCCUGACUUGGAAAAAGAAAUAUUUUUGGAUAUUGCAUGCUUUUUUGUUGGAAAGAAGAUUGAUGAGGUCAAAGAAAUUUUGAGAAACUAUAAAUCUGAUCCUGAGAUUGGAAUUAAAAAUCUCAUUGAAAAAUCACUGGUGACUAUACUGGAUCAGAAAAUUCGCAUGCAUGAUUUACAUCAGAAAAUGGGAUGGGAAAUUGUUCGGCAAGAAUCUCCCGACGAACCUGGAAGGAGAAGCAGGUUGUGGCUCCCUGAAGAUCUUCGUCAUGUUAAUGAAGCAAAUGUGGCCACUGUUGAAGCUAUAGCCUUGAACCAGGACGAUUUUGAAGGGUUUCCAUUGAGGACCAACGUUUUUUCGAAAAUGAUUCGCCUUAAGCUGCUUGUGAUCCGAAAUGUCAGAUUCUCAGGGAGUCUCAAUUUUCUUCCAGAAUCUUUAAUAUACGUUUCAUGGUAUAAGUAUCCAUUUCCUUGUUUGCCAUCAAGUUUUAAGUCGCAGAGUCUGGUGAAAUUGCUCUUGCACGGUGGCAACAUUACACAGUUAUGGGAAGGCAUGAAGGAGCUCCCCAACUUGAGAAUGAUGAGCCUCAUUGAUUCAAAAUGUCUAAUCAAGACGCCAGAUUUGCGAGGACUUCAAAAUCUUGAGAGAUUAGACCUUAAAGGCUGUACUGCAUUGUUGCAUAUCGAUCCAUCCAUUACAGUUCUGCCAAACCUCAAAUUCCUAAAUUUGAGAAACUGCACAAGUCUGAUGAGCAUCCCAAACAAUUUAUUUGGUCAAAAAUCAAUUGAAAUUCUGAAUUUGGCAGGCUGCACUAAGCUUGCAGGGUGUUUAGAUUUUAAUCCUUUGAGGAGCUCAUUAGAAGUGAAAGUACUUAGCAAUCAGUACUUUUCAAUGUUUACAAAAUUGCUAUAUUGUAUUAUAGCUUUUGUUCUCAGAAGAUUAAUCAACAAUGACUCGUUGCUGAAAGAUGUUAUUGAAGAUGGAUGUGCUGCUUCUUGACAAUGUUUCAAGCAUGUGGACAGAAUCAGAGAGCUCAACACACACAAACGGGAGGCUUCGCUUGAUCUUAUGUGAUGCGUUUUCUUUUCCCUGAUGUUUUCUUCAAUGAACUUUUGUUAGUGUACCAUGUUUCGAUGCUGUUCAAGUUUUUUCCUUCUUCGUUUUUGUGUCAAAUAAUAAUGAAGCAUGGGUUUGUAUCCACUCUGUCUUGUGCUUACUUUCGCAAGUUAUUACAGUGAUCAUUUCUUCA